GGGUGCAGCGGCAGAUCGUGCACUGCGUGGAGAAGCUGGCUGGCAUCGUGGAGGAGCGGUACUGCAACGCACUCACCCGCCCUGACGACCAGCAGAGGACAUGCAGCGAGGAGCCCUGCCCGGCCAGGUGGUGGGUUGGCGAGUGGCAGAAAUGCUCGGCUACCUGCGGCCCGUCGGGGCUGAUGAGGAGGACGGUGCUCUGCAUCCAGAGCGUGGGGCUGGACGAGCAGCGGGCCUUGCAGCAAGCAGACUGCCAGCACCUCCCCAAGCCGGACGCCGCCGCACCCUGUCACCAGGAGGUCCCCUGUCCCUCCCAGUGGACUGUGGGGAACUGGUCCGAGUGCUCCAUGACGUGUGGAAACGGGACACAGAGGCGCCCUGUUUACUGCAGCAACAGCACUGGAGCCGCGUGUGACCCUGCAGAAAGACCCAGCUCGGAAACUAUUUGCUCCUUGCCGCAGUGCCAGAAGAAAUUAGACAAUACCAACACAGACUGGUCUGGCAGUGGGUCCUCCAGCAGAGAGAUAUUUAAUGAAAUCCAUUACAUCCCCAGCAACCACAUUGCUAAAUUUAACCCCUUAAUUCCAAGUAUUCCGGAGUCCAACGAUGUCAAUAUCAUCACUGAAGAGGACUUCUCAGCCAGAAAGGGAAAUGUCUUUGUUGACGAUUUCUACUACGAUUAUAAUUUCAUCAACUUCCACGAGGAUCUGUCUUACUAUCCCUUCACGGAGAAGGAGACCAAAGGCGAGGAGCCUAAGCCAGAGCUGAGCACCAACAAUGUGGAGGGGUCCCGUGAGUUGCCCGCUGAUGUCCUGCACACUGCCAUGCCGGGAGGAGCAGCGAGCGAGGACCAUCUGGUGACCAGCGAAGCAAACACUUUUCUUCCUGUGCAUGGCGAAGGAGAGACGGAGCCUGGGGGUUUAGCCAUGAACGACCUCCGGAGCGUGGUCCCUGAGGAUGCGGGGACAGCCGCUCCCAAAUACGCCAUCCCCGACUUCACGGGUGAGGAGGAGGACGCAAUGCUUGUGCCCCGCUCUGAGGACCACCUGCCCACCUGGAGCACCACGAGUCACGAUUCUGCAAACAGCCACGACCACCCGCCCCCGGAUGAACCCUGGGGAGCUGUUCCAACGAGGACCGGUCCUGGGCAGGAUGCUCCAGCUCAUGGCCCCCCUUCCCCCGGCCGACCCCCCCCCACCACUGCCUGCUGGCAGGGGCAGCGCUGGCGCAGACGCCUCCGACAGUCUGGGAGAGCUGGGGAGCAGCGGCGAGGGGCGUACGAGCACAGAGGGGCCGGGUAA